AUGUCUGAAAAUAGUAAGGAUGAAGGAAAUUUAUUUAAAAAAAUAUUUAAAGAAUAUUAUUUAACAGAACAUACUUUAGACAUAAAAGAUCUAGCAGAUAUAUAUCCUUUAUCAAGAAUUAAUAUUGACAAUGUCAUGUUAAGUCGUGGUUUAACAUCUGAAGAAGCUGAUUUUAAAUUAUCAUUAGAAGGAAAAAAUAUUAUUUUAGGAAAUAAUUAUAAAGUCAAAAAUCCAUUUACAUGGUUUAAAUCAUUUAUCUUAGAAAUUUUACACACAUUUCGUUUAUUAAUGUUAUUCUCAGCAAUUAUUUGUCUUUUAAUAUUCUUUCUUAACACUCAAAGAAGUAUGGAAUUAAGUAUUAGUAUAUUUUUAACAACAGUCCUUACUUUUUUAUGCAUUGCUAGUUUAAUACAAAAAAAAAGAAUAUCUGAACAUGUUAAAAGUUUUCAAAAAUUGAUAUAUAAAGAAUGUGAAGUAAUACGUGACAAUUGUAUUAAAACAAUUUCUGCCAUUAAUGUUGUAUGUGGAGAUUUAUUAUAUGUUAAUGAAGGUGAUAGAUUAGUAGCUGAUGUUAGAUUAUUACAAUCAUCAAAUUUAUUAAUAGAAUCAUCAUGGUUAACAGGACAAUCACAAUCAUUUAAAUAUAUUUCAGAUGUUGAAGAUAAACAUACUGAAGUAUAUGCAUCAAGAAAUAUUAUUUAUAAAGGUAGUUAUUGUAUUCAAGGAAGUGGAUUAGGUUUAGUUGUUAAAACAGGUAAUGAUACAAUUAUUGGAAAACUAAUUAAAGAACAUACAUAUAAGUACAAAGAAAAAACAACAUUAGAAAAAGAACAUAAAGUAUUUAUUAUUACUAUUACUAUAAUAUCAUUUUUAUAUGGAUUAUUAACAUUUUUUUUGGGUGUUUGUUUAAAUGAAAUUAAUAAUUUUUCUGAUAUUGUAACACUUUUUAUAAAUGGUUUUUUGGUAAUUGUCCUUUCAAAUAUUCCACAUGGUUUAACUGUUAUUUUAACAACACAAUUAAUAAUUGUAGCUCGAAGACUUGGAAAACAACAUAUGUUUAUAAAAAAAUUAGAAAUGGCUGUUACAUUUGGUGAGACAACAGUUUUACUUUGUGAUAAAAAUACAAUUAUGGAUACUAGUGAACAGAAGAUAGGAAAUAUAUGGUAUAAUAAUAAAAUAAUAAAUUCAAAUGAUUUAAUAAAAAAAAUAAAAGAAAGUAAAGAAAAUAAUGAUGAUGAUGAUGAUGAUAUUGAAAAUGAUAUAAUAAAUGAAAGUUUUGAAUUAAAAACAUUAAUUGAAAUAAUGUGUUUAUGUAAUAGAGGUGUUAUUGAACAUCAUUCUAAUUCACGAUCUUCUAUUAAAAAUUUUUCAAAUAAUAUGUAUAUUUCAGAUAAUAAUAAAAUUAAUAUGGAUACUAUUAAAAAAAGUAGUAAUAAUUUAGAUCAAAAUUUAGAAAGUAAAUAUUUUAAAGGAAAACCUACAGAUGUUUCUUGUUUAAAAUUUAUAACAAAAUUUAUAACAACUAAAGAAUUAUUAUUAUUACGUGAGAUAAAUACAAUUGUAUAUGAAGAACCAUUUGAAGUACAAUCACGUACACAUUUAAUUAUAUUUUUAAAUGAAAAAGAUAAAAAUAAUUUAUCUUUCAUUGAUGAAAUUCCUUAUGUAUCAUAUACACUUAUGGUUAAAGGGGCUGCUGAAGAAUUAUUUUGUCGAUGUUCUACAAUAUAUAUUAAUAAUAAAGAAAUGAAUAUUACAAAUGAGAUAAAAGAAGAUUUUGAAAAAGCUUUUUUAUCAUUAGCUGAGAAGCAACAAAGUUGCUUAGGUUUUGCAUAUAAAAAAUUUUUAGCACCAUUAGAAUUAAAUUUUAAUAAUACAAAGAUGCUUCAAAUAUAUUGUCCAUUUAUUACUUCAAAUGAUAAAGAAUGGUCAUUUAUUGGAAUGAUAGGUAUUGAAACUUUAAUAAGAAAAAAUUUUGAAAAAUCAAUUAAUGAAUUAUAUAGAAGUGGUAUAUCACUUUUUGUUACUUCAGGUGAUCAUCCAGAAACAUUAAAAGCUGUUGGUAAAUAUAUGAUAAAAAAAAUUAAUGAAAAAAAAAUAAAAUUAUCAUCAAAAGAAUGUAAUGAUGAUAUUGAUAAAAGAUCAGAAAAAAAAGUAGAAGUUAUUCAUUGUGGUAGUUUACAUCUUUUAAAUGAUUAUCAUUGGAAAAAAUUAUUAAAUUAUAAUGGUAUUGUAUUUUUUGCUCGAACAAAACCAGAAGAUAGAUUAGAAAUUGUUAAAAAAUGUAGAUAUUAUAAUGAAAAAGUUACCGUGACUGGUCAUGGUAUUCUUGAUUCACCAGCAUUAAAAGAAGCUAAUACAGGAAUUGUUGUUAAUGCUAUUGGUAGUAUAUUAGCACAGGAAGCUGCUGAUGUUAUAGCAAAAGAUACAACACUUCAAGCAAUAACAGAAGGUAUAAAUGAAGGAAAACUUUUACAUAAAAAUUUUAAUAAAAGUAUUGCAUAUACACUUUCACAUAUGCUACCACAAUUACUUCCUACAUUAAUGAUAUUUAUAUUUAAGUUUCCCCUAAUUUUAAAUUCUAUUCAACUUAUUUUAAUUGAUUUAAUUACUGAAUUACCACCUUCUAUAUCAUUGAUAUAUCAAAAAGAAGAUAAACUUGAAAAUCCAAAAAUUAAAGCAAAAACUAAAUCAAAUUUAAUUCCAUGGAAAUUAUUAUCAUAUUGUUAUAUUCAAAUAGGAUCUGUAAUGAGCAUUGGAUGUUUAUUAUCAUAUUUUUUAACUUAUCUUCAUUAUGGUAUUUAUCCAUCACAGAUCUCAUCAUUAAAUAUAUCAAUAAUACCAAAUGAUAAACAAAUUAUACAAGAAGCUAGUGGUGCAUGGCAUGUAACACUUGUAAUAUCACAAGUUUUUCAUAUUUUUAGUUGUGCUACAUAUAGAACUUCUAUUUUUAGAAAACCAAAAUUUAAUAAAGUCCUAAUUUUGGCUGUCUUAUUUGAAAUACUUAUUACUACACUCAUACUAACAAUUCCAUUUAUUAAUAAUUGGUUAUUUAUAAAACCACCACCAUACUUUGUUUAUAUUAUUGCAAUUGCAACAGGAAUAAUUAUAACAUUAUACAAUGAAGUCAGAAAAUUUUUAAUACGUCGUAGCAAUAAGUAUUUAUGGGUUAAGGUAUUUACUUGGUAA